AUGCCGAAGACGGAGACGGGACAUGGAACCAGCCACGCAGAAGCGAUUGCGUGCUUGCAAAAGAUAUUCGCAAAGAACCACACCGGCUUUGGUUCCGACAUCACUGAUGAGAACAUUGAUCCUGGGAAUCUGCAGUAUGGCGAGGUCACCUACCAAGGCAUGCAGCCCUUGUACAGUGCUCUGGACCUGAGGCCCGGCGAUGUCUUUUACGACCUGGGCUGUGGUGUUGGGAAGCUGGUGCUCUACGUGGCCCUCCGGGGCGACGCAGCCCGAUCCGUGGGCCUGGAAGUGGGCCAGCGCCGCUUUCUGCUGGCGGAGGGGGCCCGCUGCUCCCUGGAUGAGGAGCUUGACUCCCUGAAGAAGACGGGCAAGUCCCAGCCCUCUUCGACGGAAUACAAGUUCAUGCUUGCGGAUAUCAGCAGGCACCGCUACUUGGACCCAACGGUUGCAGUCCUCACCAACCUCUGCAUGGACAUGGGCGUCCAAAGCCGCACGGUCAACUGUCUCCUGCGCUGUCCCUCCUUCAGGCGAUUGGUGAGCAUCACUCCACUUCUUCAUUCCAGGCUGAAGUUGGCGCGCUCCGUGAUGGUCUCCUGCACCUGGGCCAAGGUCUCGGCGUGGCAGGUGUAUGACGUUCUGCCGCCGCAGGAGCCGCUCGCCCGCUCCUUCCUGACUACACCAGCGGUCAUCAAAAGAUGCACCAGUGCAACGGCGCUGAAGAGGCGUGGUGAGUUAAUGCUGUCACCGGCAAGGCCCGACAAAAAGGACACGCUACCUCCACUGGUGAGCUCGGCAAGCUUGCGGCGGGCGGGUGCAAGAAGUUUGCCAGCCACCAGGCGCAGCAUGACGUCUGUGAAGCGGAGCGCUCUGCGCCUGAGCUCCAACCUGGAGCCUGCUACGGAAGAGCCUACGAAGUAG